UCUCUGCAGUGAUAUCACAACACUGCAAUAUGAGGACACGCUCAUACGACCGCCACCCGUCUCCAUCCCUGGGCAAGGCACAGGUGUAACUGGGGCAAAAGGUAGGCAUGGGGAGUAAAAGGAGGAGGAAGGAUGCCAGCUGAGCCCCUUGUCCCACUGCAAACACUGCCAACGUCAGACUAAAGAAAGACAGACAAUGGCUCAAUCCGUGAGGAGGACGGAAACACUAGGAGCCAUGGACCAUGAGCCCCAGAGGGACAAGACCAGGACCAGCUACUUUGGCAACGUCAAGACCAGGCUGGGUUCCAAGCUUCCUCCUGGUGUCUCUCAGCCUCCACACGCUAAGCGGCCCUGGGAGACUCAACCUCAGGCGCGAGUGAUGCAGGAGCCUGCAGCCAGCGGCCAGCGGCAGCACCAAGCCACCGUGAGCCGGCCUCUCAACCACACCCCCCACAUCAGAAACCCCAAACUGCGGCAGUACUACCUGCAAGAGACUUCAUGGGACCUUAACAAUACCGCAGUGAAGCAAGAGCAGAUGAGAGGACUGUCAGAUGACAGCACAGGCAGCAGGGGUCUCCCCGGGGACACGGUGUUCAGCGUCUCAUCUCACUUCAACGGUAACAACACAUCUUCAGUAGAAAAGGGCCAAAUAGAUCACCAUCCCACCAUUUGCAGUUCAAAUGUACGCUCCUCGUCUGCUACCCUCGUCCCCAGAGAGCAGCUGGUCGUCCCGAAGGGAAGAAAUUCUUCCACCGGUCAAGAACUGGACUCAGACUCUGAUCCGAAACGAGAAGCGGAGGCGGAUUUUCUACCUCAGUCUCCCUCACCAGAAGCAGAAUAUGACAAACUACUGGAUGUGGAGGCGGUGCCGAUGCCUGAUGGACAGCUCUGCUUAUUGGCUCUGCCGCCAGAGUUCUGCCAGGGGGAGGGACCAGAAGACAUGCAGUACCUCAAACUGUUCUGCCGCAACAUCACAGACCGUAAGGGUGUCGUUGCAGGUAUCCUGUUGGUGACGUCCAACAAGAUCUUCUUUGACCCGUGCAAGACGCAUGCCCUGGUGAAGGAACAUGGCUGUGAAGAAUACCUCGUGUCCUGUUCAGUUGAUAAUCUGGCAUCUGUCUCCUUCUUCUCUGACAUCUCACACAUUCGAUUCAACACAUCCCAGCAGAGCAGAAAAGGCAAGAACAUUGUCCAGAAUUUGAAAACCGCCAAAAGCCGAGGUGGCGGCUUCCCAAACCCAAAAGAGGAGUCGCUCCCAGCUGCGGUGUCUUUGGCUGCAUCCGAUUUGUCUCGUCUGGCUCUGAGCCGGACCAAAGAGGUCUCUCGGGAGGAGGAGGAUGCUGAGAGCAGAGACAUGGCGAAGGCUGAGGUGGAGCUUGAAAGCAGCCCUCUGGAGGUGCUGUCGGAGCCGCCUGGAGGCGACCUGGGAGUGGCUGUCCUGAGCAGCGCUGCCACCGUCUGCUGUGGAGGUCAAGAGGCGGAGAGUAAAGUCACGACGGAGCUGCUUCACACCGAUGAAACGGGGAUGUCCUCUGAGAAGAGUCCGACUGCAGCGCCUCGAAGGUCAUCAGCUGUAAAUCCCGGGAGUCUGAUGUUUGUGCGGCUGCGGGUUCAGUCGUCUGCAGGAAGGGGAAAAAAGGGCGCAGGAGGCCUUCAGCUCGGGUCGUCGCAACCUUUACAGAGAAGGGAUGCCUGGCUCGCCCUUUCACAGGAGAGCUCUGACGAGCUGUAUGCCUACCUCACACACUGUCGGCCAGACUUGUGUAUAUUUGAGGGAGGGGAGGAGGAGAGGGAGGCGGACCGGGACGAAGAGGAGUUUGUACUCAUUGAGGACAAAGAGGAAGAGGACGAGCAGGUGUUCCAGAGGCACCGCAGCUCGGGAGGUGACGACUGGGAGAUGGUGUUGAUGGAAGAGAGUGACAAGCCAACGCUGGUCAUCGACAGGGACCUGGACGGACUCAACGAUAUCGUAGAGAGCAGCUGCAUUUUAGAGGCUUCACAUGUCAGAGAGCUAUGUAAAGAACUUCCUCCGAGGAUAGUUGGCUACAGCUGGCAGCUGACUUACAGUACGUCCCGUCACGGCGCCAGCCUCAAGUCCCUCUACAGGAAACUCAGAGCCACAGACUCCCCUGUGCUGGUUGUCAUCAAGGAUGCACUCGAGGAGAUAUUCGGGGCCUUCCUCUCUCACCCUCUGAGGCUCAGUGAGACGUUCUAUGGCACAGGAGAGACGUUCCUCUUCAUGCUGCAUCCUCGCUUCAAAUGCUUCAAAUGGACUGGAGAGAACUCCUUUUUUAUUAAAGGAGACUUGGACUCCUUUGCUAUUGGAGGAGGCAGCGGUCACUUUGGUCUUUGGGUGGAUGAGAAUCUGUACCUGGGUCGCAGCAGCCCCUGCUACACUUUCAACAACUGUUGCCUCUCAGAAACUAACGACUUCCGAGUCAUGGAGCUGGAGGUGUGGACGUUCACCUGAAAAGGUCGCCUCGUCGCCACAGAUCAGCUUUAUCAAGACGGCCUUUCCUGUAUCACUGAGCAACAACAUCACAUUAGUUUCAUGGUAACAUCCAUGUCAAAAACUAUUACAAACUGAUGGAUCUCUCCAUGUGAUGAAGUGCUGAGGAUUUUACUGAACUGAACACGGCUGUUUCACAGUGGACUCAUCGCUGUUGUUUUGGCAGAAGAACUGAACUCAGUAGACCUGAAUUGGAUUAUUUUAGUCCCAGAAAUAAGUCUCAAACUGCACUUUGCUCUUAAUGUGAAUCAGUAACUUCAUGAUAUCUCAUCAUUUAUCAUGUGAACUUGGCAGUACACCUGUAUAAAGCAUAUAACUGUGUUCAGUGAAUGUUGGACAUUUGAAACACCUAUUCAUUAUCUUACGAAUAGACGUCUCUAUUGUAAAAACACACAUACACCGUUAUGGGUUUGCAUCAGUUGGUGUCAUAAGUCAAUAUUGGAAAUUAUCUUGGGUGCACAAACAUUUAAAGCUCCACAUAAAGAAACGCCUUUCAAUUGAAAAACAUCUGAACGUGCAAUGGAUUGUAGCUCAUUCAUUAAUAUUCUGAACUCUUCAUUUCAAGUGCUGACUCAUUCACCAGUGUUUUCUGAACGCGACAGAUAAAGCUUUCAAUGAAUGCAGUGUUGUCUCAAUUAAACUGUAUCCAUAACAAGC